AUGGCGUCCACCAGACAGUACUCGAUCCCGCACACGCCGCGCGUGAUUUCGCCGUCGCCCACGCCCUCGGAGCUCAACUCGCGGGAGGGCUACUUUGGGCCCGUGACGCGCUCGGCCGCCCGCAAGCACAAAGUCACGAGCCCGCCGCCCAUCGACGAGGACUCGGGCUCGGACCCGGAGAAGAGGGCCAGGGCUAGGAGUCGGAGCCCCAUCUUGGAGGGCAGGCGGCGCCGCAUGAGCGGUCUCACGGCCAAGCGCCAGAUGAACGGCAACGCAAAGGCGAAGAAGGCGGACCUUGCGCUGCCGAACGGGACCGUGAACGGGCACCUCUCGCCGGCGGCUGCGAACAAGAACUACUGGCGCGAGAUGAGCCGGAGUCCCAGUCCGCUGGGCCUGAUCCCCAUCCACCAGAAGUGGAGAUCGUUCAUCCACCGACACGAGGUCCCCCGCAAAAUCCUGCACGUCUCCAUCGGCUUCAUAACCCUCUUCUUCUACUGCACCGGCCGGCAGCCCAGCCAGAUCCACCCCGUCCUCCUCGCCAUGCUGCUCCCGGUAGCCGCCGCCGACUUCAUCCGCCACCGCUAUUGGCAGGUCAACCGACUCUAUAUCCGGUUCCUGGGCGCGCUGAUGCGCGAGAGCGAGGUCGACGGCUGGAACGGCGUCAUCAGCUACCUCCUCGGCGCGUGGAUCGUGCUGCGCUUCUUCCCCAAGGACGUCGGCGUCAUGAGCGUGCUCCUGCUGUCCUGGUGCGACACCGCCGCGUCGACGUUUGGGCGGCUUUGGGGGCAUCUGACCCCGCGUGUGCGCAAGGGCAAGUCGCUCGCCGGCUCCAUCGCUGCGUGCGUCACCGGCGUGGUUACCGCCGCGCUGUUCUGGGGCUGGCUGGCGCCCUUGUACGCCGAGUACAACACGGGCGUGAAUGCGUUUGCGUUCCAGGGGGUCCUUGCGCUUCCCGCGCAGCUCCGGGAGGUGCUGGGUUCGUCGGCCGCGCAGGGCUCCGUGACGGGCUAUCUCGCUCUGGGCGCCAUGUCGCUGUGGGCGGGCGUCGUCGCGAGCGCCAGCGAGGCCGUGGAUCUGUUUGGCUGGGACGACAAUCUGACGAUCCCCGCGCUGUGCGGCGUGGGGCUGUGGGGGUUUAUCAAGGUGUUUGCGUAG